UAUAUGCUUCCUUCACCUCUCUAUUUUGUUUUAUCUUAGUGAAAUGUCAAAUUAUAUGUAAUAAAAUCAAACUAGUAGCUACAACACCUUUCUAGUUGGUUUAAUCUCCAUGGAUUCUCCAACUUUUUACUUACUAAACCUUAUCUCUUUUUUCCUCUUCAUCCUUGUGGCACUUAGGAACACUCUCAAGAAAAAAGAGUCACCUCCAAACCUACCUCCAGGACCAUGGAAACUACCUAUUAUAGGACACAUACAUCAUCUAAUUACAUCCACACCACAUCAAAAAUUAAGAGACUUGGCCAAAAUAUAUGGACCCUUAAUGCACCUACAACUUGGAGAGAUCUCUACAAUUGUUGUUUCAUCACCAGAGUAUGCUAAAGAGGUACUUAAAACACAUGAUGUAAUAUUUGCAUCUAGGCCUAAAAUUGUUGCAGUAGAUAUACUAUUAUAUGGAUCAACAGAUAUUGCUUUUUCACCUUAUGGAAAUUAUUGGAGACAACUAAGAAAAAUAUGCACAAUUGAACUUCUUACUCAAAAACGUGUCAAUUCAUUCCAACCUAUAAGAGAAGAAGAACUCACCAAUCUCAUCAAAAGGAUUGAUUCACAACAAGGGUCAUCCAUCAACAUCACUCAAGCUAUACUUGAAUCAAUAAUGAAUGUAACUACAAGGUCUGCAUUUGGAAACAAAUGUAAAGGCACAGAACAACUUGUAUCAUUGGCAAAGGGUGAAUCAGUUGCAGGAGGUUUCGACAUAGCGGAAUUGUUUCCUUCUGUUAAAUGGCUUCCACUUGUUUCUGGUUUGAGACCUAAACUUGAGAGGUUGCAUAGACAAAUUGAUAAAAUACUAGAAGACAUCAUCAUUGAACAUAAAGAAGCAAAGUCAAAAGAAGAUCAAGGUGAAGUUGGAGAAGAUCUAGUAGAUGUUCUUCUAAAAUUUCAAAGUGGUAAUGAUAAUGAUCAAGAUAUAUGCUUAACUGACAACAAUAUCAAGGCUAUAAUCUUGAACAUGAUUGGUGCCGGAGGUGAAACAACAUCUACUACCAUAACUUGGGCAAUGGCAGAGUUGGUAAGGGAUCCAAGAGUGAUGAAGAAAGCACAAUAUGAGGUGAGAGAAAUAUUCAACAAGAAAGGAAUUGUUGGUGAAAACAAUAUAAAUGAACUCAAAUAUUUGAAAUUAGUUGUGAAAGAGAGUCUAAGGUUACACCCUCCAAGUCCUCUUUUACUUCCAAGAGAAUGUGGACAAGCAUGUGAGAUUGACGGGUAUCGUAUACCAGCCAAAAGUAAGGUGAUGGUGAAUGCAUGGGCAAUUGGAAGAGAUCCAAAGUAUUGGUCUGACCCAGAGAGGUUUUAUCCGGAGAGAUUCGUUGAUAGCUCUAUUGACUACAAAGGGACUAAUUUCGAGUACAUUCCUUUUGGCGCUGGAAGAAGAAUAUGUCCUGGAAUCACAUUUGGUUUGAUAAAUGUUGAGUUGACACUUGCAUUGUUGUUAUAUCACUUUGAUUGGAAGCUUCCCAAUGGAAUGAAAGGUGAGGACUUGGACAUGGUAGAACUAUUUGGAGCUAAUGUUAAAAGAAAAAAUGACUUGUACUUGAUACCCAAUGCUCCUCUUCCUUCUUUGGUAUAACCUUUCAAUAUGUUGUUCCAUGUUUAUUUUUGAAAUAAGGCCUUGCCUAUGUUUGUUGGGUUUAUCUCUAAUGUUCAACCGUUUUCAAACCUGCUUCUACCUCAUUUUGUCACGUGUAUUUAGAGGAUGUGAACAAUCUUAGCAGUGUGAUAUUGUUAAUUUUAAAAUGUGUUUUCAUGUGCCAAUUGUGUAGAAAGGCAUAAA